CGGCCGCGCCCCGUGCCCCGCACCAACAUGGCCGCCGCCGCUGCAGCCGCCGAAGCCGAAUCCGAAGCCGAGGGUCCGCUGUCUGUGGCCUCUGGCCGGGCCCCUGACGUUGGGCUGUGGGGCCGCUGCCGCUGCCGCUGCCUGACGGUGGAGCCGGUGCUGAUCAUGGCCAUGAUGGCUCUGGCGCUGCAGGGCCCGCUCACCACGCAGUACAUCUUCCAGAGAGUCAGCGCCGAGCUCGGCUUCAGCGGCAACCGGAGCCGAGGCUGCAACAGGUCGCAGGGGUCCGAGGCCGAGCUGGAGCGGGCUGUGGAGACGAUGACUUCGCACUGGAACCUGUACAUAAACGUGGGAGGCUUUGCAGUGGGGAUUUUCUCAGUGACUCUACUUGGGCCGUGGAGUGACCAUGUGGGACGCAGGCCGAUCCUGAUCAUUCCUGCCGUGGGCUUGGCGCUGCAGUCGGCAAUCUACCUCAUUGUCAUGUACUGGCAGCUGUCCGUGGCUUACCUGCUGCUCGGCCGCCUGCUGAGUGCACUGCUGGGCGACUUCAACAUCAUCCUGGCCGGCUGCUUCUCCUACAUCGCCGACGUCAGCGACAGACAGUCGCGCACCGUGCGUGUGGCCGUGCUGGAGUCGUGCCUGGGCAUUGCCGGCAUGCUGGGCAGCGUGAUCGGCGGGCAGUGGAGCAAGAGUCAGGGUUACACCAACCCCUUCUGGCUGGUGUUGGCGCUGAACCUGGCCACGGCCGCCUACGCCUACACCUUUGUCUGCGAGUCGGUGAGCACGAAGCGGGCAGCCAGGCUGUUCACAAGCGAACACUACAAAUCGCUCUACCGCCUGUACUCGGAGGGCAGGCUCAGCCUUUGUCUCUACGCCCUCUGCUUCUUCAUCGUGGUGACCGUGCACUUUGGAACCAAGGACAUUCUGGUCCUUUUCGAGCUGAGCUCCCCCUUGUGCUGGGGGUCCGAUUGGAUUGGGUACGGAUUGGCACUGGAGCACCUGACCUACCUGAGCAGUUUACUGGGCCUGAAGCUGAUGCAGCCGUGCAUUAGUGACAGCGGCAUUGCAGAGAUUGGUCUGUUGUCCAACAUCGCCGGCUUGGCGGUGUUCUCCGUGGCUGCCACCAGCUCCCUCAUGUUCACAGGAUACGGGCUGCGGGUUCUUGGUAUGACCACCACUCCAGUGCUCAGAGCCAAGAUGUCAAAGCUAGUGGAGGUGACAGAUCAAGGAGCACUGUUUGCCUCGGUGGCGUGUGUGGAAAGCGCCUGCUCACUGGCAUCAACAGUGGUCUUCAGCUCCUUGUACCCCGCAACACUCUACUUCAUGAAAGGAUUUUCCUUUCUCUUUGGUGUGACGUUACUUCUCAUUCCAACAGGGAUUAUUGGGAUCCUGGAGUGCAGAGGGCCAGAGUUACCGUACCGUCGAUUUGAAGAGUCCCCCCAAGAGGCCCCCAUCAGCACUGACCUUGCCACCUCCAUCCAGAAUGAGUGAACCCACUGGACAUUUCCAAUUUUAGUGUUUGUUUUAGAGAUACAGCCUGGAAACAGGACCUUUGGGCAACAGAGUCCGCACACAAGGUCUAUCCUACAUACUAGGGACAAUUUACCAAAGCCAAUUAACAUGCAGACCUGCACGUCUUUGGAAUGUGAGACGAAACUGGAGCACCCAGAGAAAACCCAUGUGGUCGGAGGGAGAACGUACAAACUCCAUACAGACAGCACCCGAGGUCAGAAUCGAGCCCGGGUCUCUGACGCUGUAAGGCAGCAGCUGUACCCCUGCACCACUGUACCGCCCUUGUUACUGUCGAUCGGGUGCGGUCCAUGUGAUGUGGCAGAGCUAGCAGUACACGUGGUACUCCAGAGAAUUAUACAACACUGCGGGAAACCAUUCAGCCCAUUUCUUCCAUGCUAGCCCUGACAGUUAUCCCAUUGUCUCCGUGCACUAAACUUUCCCAUAAUUGUUUACACUUUUCUAUUCUUGAAACAUCAAUGUGGUUUGCCUUUGGUAGUUAUAGGUAAAACUGCUUCCCUGGCCCUUUACAAGCAGAUCACUGCUCAUUGCAGAAAAGAUUUUACAGUUGCUCCCUGCCCUUGGUCUCUUCCUGAUCAUACUCUGUGACUCAAGUUAACAUCCCUUGUUGCAGUUUUUAGUUUAGAGGUGCAGCAUGAAAACUGACCCUUUGGCCCGACAAGUCCACGCCGACCAUCAAUCACCCGUUCACACCAGAUCUAUGCUAUUGCACUUUCCACAAGGGGUAAUUUACAGAGGCCAAUUAACCUACAAACCCGUGCAUCUUUGGGAUGUGGGAGGAAAUCCACGCUGGUGGAGCUGUUGCCUUACAGCACCAGAGACCCUGGUUUGAUCCUGAGCUCAGGUGCUGUCUGUGUGGAGUUUGCACAUUCUCCAUGACCAUGUGGGUUUCCUCCGGAUUCUCCGGUUUCCUCCCACAUCCCAAAGGCCUCUCUCUGUAAAUCACCCCUAGUGUGUAGGCAGUGGAUGCGAAAGUGCGAUAACGGAGAACUAGUGUGAACAGAUGGUCGGCGGGGACUCAGGGCCUGUUCCCAUGCUAUAUCUUUCAAUCAAUCAAUCACAGGAAGAACAUGCAAACUCCUCACACACAGCUCGCGAGGUCAGGAUGGAACCCAGGUCUCUGGUGUUGUGAAGCAGAGGCUCCUUCAGUCCUAUCCUCUGGUCAUUUCUGGUCCCGCAGUAAUUAUGUUUUUAUAUCUUCACUCUUCACCAGUUAUUUCCCAGUGCGUUUUCCAUACCAGAUCCCGCACAGUCCGUGAUGGCCAUUGAUGGGCCUUUCUUCCUAAAUUGAGCGCCAGGCUCCUCCAGAAGCCUAAAAAUCUAUCGUGCUACGAAUGGUUUCAGUUAAAUUUCAGAAUUGCCAAAAUAAUUAAGGAUCAUAAUGUUUUAAAUUUUGUAUUUGAUUAUAGUUUUAAUGCAAGUCAGUAACAACAAUGCAAGAAUA